AUGUCUAGCUCUUGGGACGUAUACGCAGAACAGCUCUUCCGCCUCGGACAUGGGUACCCUCUAUGGGAUCCCGAGCCAACCAAGCACGGAGAAGUACUGAUUGGCGACGUGGGCUUCAUUAAUGAAGGUGCAUUCUACCGGCUCUUCAAUGCAACGGUUACUGCGGACGAUCCCCUCAACCGAUACGGCGUUCCAGAUGGGUACGAGCCAUUGGAACUCGGCACCGAUUAUGCGCGCAUUACGCGUCAGAGCGACCUGCCCGCCGGCCCUCUCUGUAGCCAGACCAUCAAGUGCAUCAAUGCAUCUGCGCAAGUGGUGGUGUGCGUGCAUCAACAUGACUCGGGCGGCGGGCUCAACUUCCAAUGCACCGACGAACAGGGGGCGGUCCUCAUCACGAAGGAGCCCAUCGACCGCGAUGCGCUCCUCCCGAAUCGCUGGAUGGUGAAGUACAUGCGGCAGCACUACUACAGCUGGUACGUGUUCGCCACUGAGGUGCAGGGCCUCAUGCUGGACAAGGACGACAUCAUCUUCGUGCGCGGAUGGGCCAAGACGGCGGACUGGACCGCCGCGGCGUUCAUGCAACAAGGCCGGGCCGCCCAGCUCUCAUUCAACGGGAACUUUGGUUUCCAGGCAAACGCGUCGUUGUCCGUGUCCGUGUCGGAAGGCGCGUCUCCGAUCCUGCAGCAGAACUCGGGCCCCCGUGAGAGACGCGGACCUGUUUCCGUGCCGUCUGGCAAGCGCCACAGGACAGGUAGCGCGCACCGGGUCGGCCCCGUGAGAGAUCAAUGCGUGUUUCUGCAGUACUACAAGCUGAAAGUCCGCUUUGGCCUAUGGCCUACGGUCCUCAAAGCCGCUGCGAGGCCUCACAACCUCCCACAACAGCCAGACGAUGGAGACGAUGGG